UUUCUGAGAGGGAGGUCCCUGCGAAAGCAUAUACAAACACUCACUCAAGCAUCCACACUCGAGCCCACACGCUGCACUAGUAGCCAGCAGAGAACUGACCUAUUCCUUCACACCGGAGUCGGCAUGGCUAACAAAGGUCCAUCCUUCGGCAUGAGCCGGCAGGUUCAGGAUAAGAUCGACAGCAAGUACGACCCCGAGCUGGAGCUGAUCCUGGUGGAGUGGAUCUCUCGCCAAUGUGGUUCCGGUGUGGGAAAGCCAGAGGCGGGCAAAAUGGGCUUCCAGGCCUGGCUGAAAGACGGAUGUGUUCUGAGUGAACUGAUUAACAGUCUGUUCCCUGGAGACAAACCAGUGAAGAAGAUCCAGAGCUCAUCAAUGGCCUUCAAACAGAUGGAGCAGAUCUCCCAGUUCCUCAACGCUUCUGAGCAGUACGGCGUCACCAAGACCGACAUGUUCCAGACCGUGGACCUUUGGGAGGGUAAGGACCUGGCGGCGGUGCAGAGGACCCUGUCAGCUCUGGGCAGCUUGGCCGUCACUAAAGAUGAAGGCACAUACAAUGGAGACCCCAACUGGUUCUUCAAGAAAGCCCAGGAGAACAAACGAGACUUCAGCGACGACCAGCUGAAGGCGGGCAAGAACGUGAUUGGCCUACAGAUGGGCUCCAAUCGGGGAGCCAGUCAAGAGGGCAUGAGCUAUGGAAGACCCCGACAGAUUCUGUAAAGUCACUGAGCCACAGAUACCCAAAAAGCCCUUCAGCCCCUAUACACCUUCUUAGAGCCUGUAAACAUCCCAACCAGUUCACUGCAACUCCCCAAACAUUUUCUGCUUUAGAUCUUAGUUACUUUCUUGCUUGCACUGGUGAUCAUCACAGAGCUCACCAUGCUUAGUCCCCCCACAGCAGCUAGGACUAGUGCAACUGAAUGUUUGUAGUCUUAAACAAUAGUAAAAAUGACCAAUGCAUUGCCUCGGAGGUAGAAUAACAAGACGACAAUGUGCCAAACGUUGGGCUGUUCCUUCCUGAUAUUACUAACUGACCACUGUCUCAUCUCUGAUUAAAAAUGUGUGAAUUAUGGAAUUUGUUUCCUAGAUUUUUAGAAAUCUUGGUUUUGCAUUCUGAUACAAAUACUGAUUUGUGUUUACAUACAGGCUUACUUACAGACAGGAUUGUCUCUUUAAAUUUAGUGGUGACACAACCAGUGGCAUACCAGCACACCACUAUUAUUCAUUGUCCUACCUGUCACUUCCCACAAUGCUAUGCCUGCUGUAUCAGCGCCAAUAUUUUUGUACAUUGUCUUAUUAAAUAAUGACUUUAAAAUACAUUUGUGAAUUCUGAAUUGACUUUGUGAUUCUGUGUGUUUCAGUUUGAAUAUUGUGGGAAAUCUUUCUUUUAUUAAAUAUUUUAAAUAUAGGCUCAUUUUUCCAGGAGUAUCUGUAACAGACUGGAAUAACCACAGCAACCAAUAACUCUUGAUAUACAAUGCCUAU